GCGGCGGCGGCGGGGCGGACAGAGCGGCGGAGCGAGGCGGCGCGGCCACCAUGGGGGCCCGGCUGAGCACGUUGGGCCAGGUGGCGAUCUCCCCAGUCUGGUUCCUCUACAGCCUGUUUAUGAAGCUGUUCCAGCGCUCCACCCCGGCCAUCACCCUAGAGAGCCCGGACAUCAAAUAUCCGCUGCGGCUUGUCGACAAGGAGAUCGUCAGCCAUGACACCCGGCGGUUCCGCUUUGCCUUGCCGACGCCCCAGCACAUCCUGGGUUUGCCUAUCGGCCAGCACAUCUACCUCUCGGCAAGAAUCGAUGGCAACCUGGUCGUCCGGCCCUACACACCCGUCUCCAGUGAUGACGACAAGGGCUUCGUGGACCUCGUCAUCAAGGUUUACUUCAAAGACACCCAUCCCAAGUUUCCUGCUGGAGGGAAGAUGUCCCAGUACUUGGAAAACAUGAAUAUUGGAGACACCAUUGAGUUCCGGGGCCCGAACGGGCUGCUGGUCUACCAGGGCAAAGGAAAGUUUGCUAUCCGCCCGGACAAAAAGUCCAACCCCAUCAUCAAGACGGUGAAGUCUGUUGGCAUGAUUGCGGGAGGAACAGGCAUCACCCCAAUGCUGCAGGUCAUCCGUGCCAUCAUGAAGGACCCGGAUGACCACACUGUGUGCCACCUGCUCUUUGCCAAUCAGACCGAGAAGGACAUCCUGCUACGGCCAGAGCUGGAGGAACUGAGGAACAAACACUCCACUCGCUUCAAGCUCUGGUACACGGUGGACCGAGCCCCAGAAGCCUGGGACUACAGCCAGGGCUUUGUGAACGAGGAGAUGAUCCGUGACCACCUUCCACCCCCGGAGGAGGAGCCGCUGGUGCUGAUGUGUGGCCCCCCGCCCAUGAUCCAGUUUGCCUGCCUGCCCAACCUGGAACGUGUGGGCCACCCCAAGGAGCGCUGCUUCACCUUCUGAUGGGGGGGUGCCCGCCCACCCGCCGACGCACUCGCCACGCGCCUGCCCUCACCCAUCCCUCCGCGCCAUUAUUCCUUAACAUCCCCCCCAGAUCUGCCCACACCCACACUGGGCCCUGGGUUCAGCCUGGCCUGCCCAUGCUCUGCGUGGCCACUUGCUGGGCUGGCCCCUGGGGUGCCCCAUUGAGAGCAGGACCCUGGUUUGAGUGGGGGCCUUUCUGGCCCUUGCACACACAUACACACACACACACACACUACAGGGCUGAGCCUGCCAGCACCAGGUUCCCCCACAUUGGCAGUGGACCAGAGUCUGGAAAGGUAGAUGGGCAGGCAGCCCAGGGCUGCAGGGGUCAGAGGCCACCCCAGUCACAUCCUGGUGACCCUCGCCUGCCACCCCUCACUGCCAGCCUUAGGGCCCAGGGGAGCCAGGCUUGUGCCAGACCACGGCUAGUCCUGGGACCUGAUCCUACAUGACAGAAGCGGCACCAAAAAGCCCCGUUGGGGUGUUGGGGGCUGCUGGGGCCAAGAGGCAACCUCCACCUCCAACCCCGGGCCAGGCGGGCCCCGGCCAGCCGGGAGCUUGGCUGUCCUUGGAGCUGAGGAGGGCGCUGGCUGAGGGCCCCCAGGCUGGCACGGUCCCCAGCACACCCACACUUGGCCGCAUUAGGGCUUCCAGGCUCUCCGCUCGAUUGCUUUAGAGGCCUAGGUUCCCGGCCAGGGCUGCCAGCCUGAUGGUGGAGCUAAGAUGUUUAUUUAUUCCUUUGUCCCAAGCCCACCCCCUCCUCUUGCCCUCACCCUGGCUUAGGGGGGACUUUAAGCAGUGCCUCUUGUCCGAGAGACGUACAAUACUCGGUGGCCGCGACGUUGCCUUCAGACAACAGCUGUGUUAGCCUCUCGCGUAUCGGCUUUUUCAGAGUCAUUUAUGAGCAGAAAAAUAUCGAAGUAAAACUUAGCUGAUGUUAACCUUC